AUGUAUGAUAUUUUGGAAGAAAAUGUUACUUUGGUCGAAAAUAUCGAAAAGCCAAGACAGCCUUAUCCUAGUUAUGAAGCUGUCUAUAUCCUUACACCAUGCAUCGAAUCAUGUACUCGUCUCGUAGACGAUUUCUCUCGAAAAGAUGGGCCAAUGUAUGCUGCAGCUCAUGUUCACUUUAUCAAUGCUUUGGAUAAUAAUGUAUUCAACGAGUUCACUCGUAUGCUUAAUGCUGCUAAUGCUGCCAAUCACAUCAAAAGCUUAAAGGAAAUGUAUGUGGAUUUCAUAGUACGCGAGCAGUGUGUUUAUACUCUUGACAAUGAAAACAAAUUCCACACUUUAUUUGGUAGCGACGGAUCAAACACGUCGCAGACUGAAAUGCAGCUGGACGAUAUUGCAAAGGAGCUUUUAUGCGUUUGCGUGACCCUUGGUGAAAGUCCAUUGAUCAGAUACCAUCGUCCUCUGGAUGAAAAAGGAACGAUUAAUCGAAAGAUACCUGAACAUUUAGCAAAACUAGUUCAAGCAGAACUUGAUAACUUUUGCGCUACAAAUCCAGAAUUCCCUCCACCUAGAGAUCCUCCACUUCCUAGCGGUACAUUAAUCUUACUCGAUCGUACUAUUGAUCCCAUUGCACCCUUUUUGCAUGAAUUCACGUAUCAAGCCAUGAUGGCUGAUUUAUUAAAACCAGAGGAAGUGUUGGCAGGUCUCAAAUAUGAAUACGAUUAUGUGCAGGAAGAUGGAACGAGUCAUAAACAGGAAGUGACUUUGAACGAACAAGAUAACGUGUACACAAUGAUUCGUCAUAUGCAUAUUGCUAGCACGACCGAGAAAUUGAUUGAAGAGUUUAAUCGAUUCAUAAAUGAAAAUAAGAAAUCCUCUGGCGAAGGGCAAACGACAGCAGCUACUUUGAAUGAUAUGAAGAAUAUAAUUUCCAAUCUUCCUCAGUUCCAGGAAAUGAAAUCCAAAUACUCAGCUCAUAUGACGAUUGCCAGUGAUUGUAUGAAUGAGUUCAAAUACCAGAAUUUGGAAGUGAUUGGUUUAAUUGAACAGAACAUGGCUUGUGGUAAAACUCCUGAAGGGGAUGAAGUUGAAAAUUUGAAAGAAGAUUUAAUUUCAAUAUUGGAUGAUCCAGAAACAAGUGAGAUGGUCAAGACCAGACUUAUCCUCUUGUGGAUCGCUACCUCAGACACGGUGGAUCCAGCCGAUCUGGAAGAGCUACUCUCAUAUGCUCGUCUUAGUCAAGAAUAUAAAGAUGCCAUCGAGAACAUCUCUUUACUGAACGUACAGCUUUCGAAAUCAGCCAAUAAACAGGGUCAAAAGACAAAGAAGGGCAAAAAGAAGAAGGAUGCUCAGCAGGAGGUUCCUUUUGAUCUUUCUCGUUAUGUACCUGUUGUCAAGCGUAUUGUUGAGGGACAUAUCGAUGGUACGAUUGACCAAAGAUUGUUUCCGAAUAAUCUUCGAACGGUCAAGCAGCAAAGCUUACGCAAGAACACGGCAGAAGCAGUGAAGGAAGUACCAAAGCUGAGAGUGUAUAAAACCCAGUGGCAUAAAAAAUCUACAAAAGGAAACGCUGCUCCUAAACCUCCUUCAGGCCCUCCCAUUAUUAUCUUUAUCGUUGGAGGUAUGACGUAUUCAGAAAUUAGAUCAGCCUAUGAACUUGCAGAAGCCUUUGACAGAGAAGUGUAUAUUGGCUCAACGCAUGUUAUUACACCUGAUAAGUUUGUGAAUGAUCUGAGUCAAUUGGAUAAAAAGUUGCCUGCGCCAACAAGUGUCAUUCCACCAUACACGGGCACUGUUCAUAACGCGGUCAGACCUAUCAACCAAGAUCAAAGACCUCCUCCACGUACUUCCUCUUCUAAUCCAAAGGGACACAAGUUGUUAGGAAAGUGGUAA